AUGAAUUUUAACCCUGGAUCAGCAGCUGUGCCAAAAACGAAGAUAGAGCUGUCGAUAGAAUGCCACAACUUGGAAGAUUUGGAUCUCACGUCAUUGUCGGACCCCAUGGUUGUUCUUCGUCACAGAGCAUCGAAUACAGGGCCUUUCGUUGAGUUGGGAAGAACAGAGCAAGUGAAGAAUGAUUUGAACCCAAAAUUUGCGAAGAGAUUUGAAUAUGAGUAUUUCUUUGAAAUGGUCCAAACAAUCGAACUCGAAGUAUUCGACAUCGACGAUAAAAACGGCUCCCUCAAAGACCAAGACUAUCUCGGAAAAGCACAAAUGAACAUUGGCGAAAUCGUCUCCGCCGGUUCAAAAGGACUUACUCACAAAUUGAAGAUCAAAGACAAAACUCUCAAGGGAUCAAUUACAGUUCGAGCGGAGGAAAUUCAACCGGCGCGUGAUUUCUUCAAGUUUAAAAUGUCGCUUUCUGGACUCAAGCAAUCAAUGUUCGGGAGUAGCAGACAUUUCUUGGAAAUUGCAAGGGCAAAUGAAGAUGGAAGCUUUUCCACUGUUUACAGAGGCAAAGAUCAAGCAGGAAAAAUGUUCAGCUUCAAUCUUGAUAUUGGAUCCAGGCAGCUUUGUAAUGGAGAUUUACAGCGAACACUAGAACUUAGAUUAUUCAAAUACAAAGACAACGGGCAUAAACUAAUAGGGUCGAAGCAAACAGCUGCUGAAGAUAUGAAACAAUCUGGCAAAAAGUUCAGCCUUGGUUAUGGAACUCUUUCGAUAGACAGUGUAAAACACUCACAGAAAUUCACCUUCCUUGAUUACAUAACCGGCGGAAUGCAAAUGAACUUCGUCGUCGCCAUCGAUUUCACCGGGUCCAACGGCGCUUACCAAGACCCCCGAAGCCUUCAUCACUGCGGAACUACCCCCAGUCAAUACUACCAAGCAACACAGUCAGUUGGCCAGGUCAUUCAAGACUACGACACGGACAAAAUGUAUCCCGUCUUCGGCUUCGGCGCCAAAAUACCUCCACAGGGGCAUGUCUCGCACAUGUUCCCCUGCAACUUUAAUUUUCAAAACCCAUUUGUCCAGGGAAUUGAUGGAAUUUUGACGACGUAUUAUAAUUGUCUACCACAAAUUCAAUUUUACGGGCCUACCAAUUUUUCACCAGUGAUAAACGAAGUCGCAAGAAUGGCAGCAGAUCCUGGCAACCUUGAAAAACCAGUUCCAGAUUAUUUCGUUCUUCUCAUCAUCACUGACGGCAUCAUUACUGACAUGGACAAAACUAUCGAAGCAAUCGUCAAUGCUUCAAGUCUUCCGUUUUCGAUCAUUAUUGUCGGAGUCGGCGAUGCUGACUUUAGCGCCAUGGAUGUUUUAGACGGUGAUGAUAAUGCGCUCAGGGCGAAUGGGAGAACGGCGAAUAGAGAUAUUGUCCAGUUCGUCCCUUUUAAUCAAUUUAACACUUCGAAUAGGGCUUCUCAGCAGUUACUGGCUCAACACGUCCUCGCCGAAAUUCCAGAUCAAGUCACGCAAUAUAUGUUUCAAAAUAACAAAACUCCUCCACCAAGCUACUAA